AUGGUUGUGAACCCCCUCACUCGGUGUGUGGAGGAUUACUCGCUGCCGCCGUACGCCCAGCUUUGCCCUGACGACAUUGCGCCCGCCUUGCGCACAGCCAUGGCCGAGUUCGCGUCGGAUCUGGAGGCCAUCGAAGACGAUUUGGCGUGUCCGGACGCUGAGAUCUCGUGGGAAAGUGUGAUGGAUCGCUUGGAAAUCAUCGACGACCCACUCGAGAGAUUGUGGUGCAUUGUGCUUCAGUUGAUGAAAGCAGUCAACAUGCCCGAACUUCGCGCGGCACAUUCCGAGUUGGAGGACCAAGUGGUGAGGCUGCAGAACAAGCGGGCGCAGAGCGUGGUGGUGUACCAAGCCAUGACCGCCCUUCGCGACGGUCCCACGUAUGUGACACUGACCACGGAACAACAGCGCAUUCUAAACCGAGCGAUUGGACGAGCUACGGCGAGUGGUGUGAACCUCGUCGACCACGACAAGGAUCGAUUCAACGCCAUCCACGUUCGACUACAAGCUCUGCGCACAAUCCACGGACACAACGAACUUGAUGGCACGAAUGCAUACUCGCACGUUAUCACAGACAAAGCGCAACUGGAUGGCGUGCCGCAGUCGACUCUGUCGCUCUUGGCGCAGAACGCGGUGGCAGCAGGGCAUGUCCUCGCUACAGCUGAAAGCGGGCCGUGGAAGCUGUCGUUAGAGUCGCCAGUGUACGACCCUCUAUUGAAAUACUGCGCGUCUCGACCGAUUCGGGAGCAGCUAUACCGAGCCAACAACGACAAAGCCAAGGCCAACGAGCCGGUUGUAGUCGAAAUCCUGCAAUUGCGACUCCAGCUCGCCCAAAUGCUGGGAUUUCGUUCGUUUUUCGAGCUCAGUUUGGUGAAUAACUCGGCCCCCUCUAUCGACAGUGUGUUCGAUACACUCGAUGAGCUACGGGACAAGGCUUUUCCGCGUUCCCAAGCCGAGCUGCGCCAGCUGGAAGGACUAGCCGCCGCACACAACCACCCGUUGCCGUUAGAGCCGUGGGACGUACAGUAUUGGACGGAACGACUGCGCCAGGAACAGUUUGACAUUGACGACGAAGCGAUCUCGCAAUACUUUUCCUUGCCCAAGGUGUUGGACGGACUAUUUGAUUUUAUCGGUCGAUUGCUUGACAUUCGAAUCGAAGCAGCGGAUGGCUUGGAAGAAACGUGGCAUCCUGACGUACGUUUCUUUCAAAUUCGAGCGAUGGACCAGCCUGAGACGCCAGUGGUGGCACAAUUCUACUUGGAUCCGUAUGCUAGACCCGGCCAGAAGCGGCAGGGUUCGUUCGUGGAGGUGGUGGUGAGUCGCAGCAAAGUUCUGCGCACGGCCAAAGCCCCCGUGAGACUUCCCGUGUUCUCGAUUGUGCUCAAUCAAACGCCUCCAGUGGGGGACAUGCCUAGCUUGAUGACGUUUACAGACCUGGACUUGUUGUUUGGAUGUGUGGGGUUUGGCCUUCGCAUUGCGCUCACGUCGGCCGAGUACACGGCUGCGUCGGGUAUUGAUGGCAUCGAAGCGGACUCCCUUGGGGUGCCUGUGCGCGUUCUCAAGCGAUUUUGCUAUCACCGAGAACUGAUGAAAAGCAUGUCCGGGCACUUUAAAACCGGCCAAGAGUUGCCAGACUCUGAGUUCAACAAGCUUGUGGCCGCCAAACGAUUCAUGUCAGCCACCAAUUUACUGACUCAGCUCUUCUACUCAGCCCUCGACACGUCUGUGCACCACAACGUCACUUCUAACGUGUCGGUGGAGUCUGCGUACGCCCUCUUGCAACAAGUUGGAGCCAAAUACUGCGCGACACCGCGGUUGCAAGACCGCGAUUACUCGCUGUGCAACUUUCGGCAUGUGUUUAGCGGACAAGCCGCGGCCACCUAUUACAGUUACAUUUGGGCCGAAGUACAAGGGCAUGACGCGUAUUCGUAUUUUGAAGAACACCCGACAGUGUUAGAAGCCACUGGCAAGCGGUACAGAGACACCAUCUUGGCGCUGUCAGGGGUGGUUCACCCGACCAAGGCGUUUGAACUGUUUCGUGGUCGAAAGCAGCGGACUGCAGCUCUGCUGGAAGAAUCCGGCUUGCAAUAAACUAUAUAUCUCAAAUAUAGAUAAAGGAACGUGA